UUAGUACGGUUUUAACGGUUUCUAUGGGGAAUUGGUGAGGUUAGGCCGGUCGACUAGCUGUCGGUAGUGUUUCCAAUCGGGCGGGCAAGUCAGGCGAGCGCCUUGCCCGGCACAUCUGUCUCCCAUGUGCACUCAGAUGUGUGAGAGACAGACUGACCCGUGGCUCGCAUGCCCGAUUAGGAUCAUUAGUUGUCGGUUGGAUGCAGCGUUUGGUCGGGAUUUGUUUCCCCCUUGUCUCUGGAUGUCACUUAAUUACCAUUGAUUUGCAAUUGAUUGUGGCUGGUGCUUAUCACAUGUAUUGUUGGCACAGGUUCUGAAGACGAAGUAAGCAAGGAAAUCAAUCGGCUGAAGGGUCUCAAGAAGGUGAAGAAGGAAGGGAGUUUUCACUCAGAUCGUCCCAGGAAGGCUGCGUUAAGGCAGCGAGAUUUUAUGAUAGACAUGACUCGCUCCAGCAAGAGUAAGAAGUCGGAGAGAAAGGAUCGUGAUAAGUCUGACAAGAAAGUCAAGGAAAGGUUGCGUAAAUCUGCUGCUAAAGUUACAGAGGAAGAACUCACAAGCAAGUCUGGACGUACUGAGCUUGAUGAGAAGCCAAUCGAGCAACCUAGCGUUGUUCCUGAUGCUCCUGUUAGUAGUAUCAAAUCUGAACCUAAUGACGAUACUGAUGAUCUUAAGCUGGAUUCAAAACCUGUGACCAAUGACUCUGAUUCAUCCUAUGAUGACUCCAAGAUUUCAACAGCCCCACUUAAUGUAAGCAAGCUUGAGGACUUGAACAAUGGCAAGGAGGAAGCUUCGAACUCAGCUUCCGUGAACCCUUCAAUCUCUUCCGAAAAUGGGGAGACCAUCCCCAACGCACAGCCUAAUCAAGGGUCACCUGCACUGAAGUCGCCUCCCCAUGAUCCUGAGUCUGAUUCUAAGAUUGUCACUGAGAAGCGGAAGAGUCGCAGAUCUAGGAAGAAGUCUAAGAAGAGCAGAUCUCGUCGGUAUGUCAGUUCUGAUUCUGGAUCGGACUCUUCCAGCGUUAAGGUGAAAAGCCACCGCAAGAAGAAAUCUAAGAGGGCAUCAAGCAGUGACUCUUCGACUUCUAGCAGUAGUAGCUCGAGCAGCCAAAGCAGCUCUAGUACUUCCUCUGAUAGUUCUGAAGCAUCAAAGAAGAGAAAGAGGAGGAAGAGGGCCAAGAAAAGCAAGAAAACUAUUGUCAAGAGGAACCUUAAAAUUUACCAGCCAACUAAUUAUCUCUGCAAUUCUUCAACCCCUGGUGCGGUUAAACUUCAAGACCCAUAUGAAGUUUAUAUUUUGCAGUCUGACUUGACUGAAGCCAUCAACAACUCCUCUUCUGUCACUCAAUUUAUUAGGCAAUUGACUCCUAAGGUGUAUACCCAAGAUGCACUGACAAAUGCAACACCCCAGGGCUACCCAGACAGGUCGAAGGGACGGAAGUAUUGUGGGGAAGUCCUUCCUCGAUUGCACCGUGAUGGGCGCUCAGCCAUUCUAGCACGUGCCAGAGCACUGGAAAAUGAGAAGAAGAGUUGGCGCCCACGUGCUGGCGAGUCAACUCUCAAGAAUGCCUUCUCUAACAUUGUUCAUAAAUUCAAGGACGAUGGUUUGUAAAGUGCUGACUUCUUUUUAAUAAUGUUCAUGUAUGUAUCUUCUAACUAUUUACUUUACUUUAAAGUUUGGAGGAUACUGUACAUUGCCUAUGACGUGGACUCGGACAAGGAAUACUAGCUCGUCAUUCACUUUAUUGUAGCACCUUUACUUUUCAUGUUCCUUUAAGGUGCAAGUUUGUUUAUUUUUCCUUUAUUUUUGUUCAUUUAAUUACUUACUCCUUCAAAUGCAUUUUCCACUAGCUAAAUGCAUCUUGAUAGGUUUUUAUUUCUUUUUGUUUUGAUAUUAUGUUUUGAUAAGUUCUCAAUCAUUUUAUUUUUGUGAUGCCAUUGUAGUUUUAUAAUACUUUCCACUUAAAGGUUUUACUUGUCACUAGUUUUAGAUUUCACUCGUCACUAGUUUUAUGGUUCUUUGAUCUCGAAUUCAUGCGUGGCAUUGAUUCCAUUUAGUAAGUAAUGUGUUAUUGUAUCUUGAUUUGGAUUCAUGUAC